AUGACAGACAUUGUUCUGUCUGUAGCUUCCAAAGUGGCAGAGUACCUGGUGGCUCUCCGUCGUCACUCCAGCUAUGUGAUGUUCUCCGGCAGCUACACUGGCCAACUUAAGGAAGAACUUGAGAAGCUGGAAAACGCUAGGCAAAGGGUGCAGCUUUCCAUCGAUGAAGCUCAACAGGAAAUGAAGUUGAUCAAAGCCCACCCCGAGAAAUGGGUGAUAGAGGUGAAAAACGUUGUUGACAUGGCGCAAAACGCGCUGAAACACGAUGAAAGAGCCAAGAAGACUUUCUUCUUCGGGUGGCUUCCCAACCUGAAGGAGCGUUAUCGUCUCGGCAGGGAAGUGACAAGGACAGUUCGGGACAUCCAGGCGUCCAUUCGUCAGGGUCAAUUGGAGAUGGUCUAUUGCAGGCAUGCUCCAUCAAGGCAUGUUGUCGGCGCUCUCGAUGUGAAUUCCUCAGCCGAUCAUUGGGGUGACACUGCCAUCGAGUCACGAGCUUCCAUCCUAGAAAAAAUAAUGAAUGAUCUGGAUGAUGAGAAGCUAAAAGUGAUUGUAAUAUACGGGCAAGAUGGUGUGGGGAAGACUAACCUUUUGGAGGAAGUCGAGAAGAAACUCAGGAGCGAGAAGAGAUUGUUCGACGUGAUCGCCAAAGUGAAAGUAUCGCAGACUCUGAAGAACAUCCAAGACGCCAAAGUGAGAUUAUCGCAGACUCUGAAGAACAUCCAAGACGGUAUCGCUUAUGCCUUCAGUCUAAAUCUGAAGGACGAGCUAAGCGAAGAGCGAAGAAGAGGCCGCCUGUUUGGAGAAAUACAGAGUGAUUCGACGAAGAAGGUUCUCAUAAUAUUGGAAGAUCUGGGGGCGCCACUUGAUUUGGAGAAGGUCGGAAUUCCUUCGGGAAACGAGAGCAGGGGAUGCAAGUUGCUGCUAACAUCGAGAUUUGAAAAUGUGCUGGCAAAAGAUAAGCAUGCCGAUCGAACAAUUCAUCUUGAAGAUUUACACGAUGAUGAGGCUUUCAGGCUAUUUGAAAAGAUAGUCCGCGACAGGCUCAAAAACGAGAAAUUGAAAUCAACGGCGGCUAAGGUGGUCAAGAAACUUGCAGGUUUGCCUCUUUUGAUUACCUCGGUUGCAAGCACUUUGAAAUAUAGCAAUAUAUUCGUAUGGAGAAACGUGUUGAGAAAAAUAGGUGAGUCAAAUAUAGAUGCAAUAGUGAAGUUUUGUUACGACAAUUUGAAGAGCGAGGAUGCGAAGUCCUUGUUUAUAUUGUGCGGUCUUAUCGGUGGGACCAUUCAAGUCGAUACUCUGCUGGUACUAGGCAUGGGCUUGGGCUUGUUUGAGGGAUCCUUUAAAAGGAUAGAAGGUUCAAGGGAAAAAUUGAAAACUUCACUUGAUAGCCUCCGUUCCGUUUGUUUGUUGCUAGAUGGUGGCGAUGACAAGGAAAAUGUGACCAUACAUGAUCUUUACAGCGAGGUGGUUGUCUCAACUCCAUUAAGAGGUGAGAAUUCCUUAGUGAUGAACAUCAAUUAUCACUCAUGGUCGACGGAAAAGCUUGUGGAAUGUUGGGCAAUCUACCUAGUUGAUGUUGUCGAUGGUAGGCUUGCUGAAGUAAUGUCGUGUCGAUUUACCGAUUUGAAGAUACUCAUGCUGUCUCAAUUAGAAGACGGGCUCGGGAGGCCUGCACACCGACAUGAUGAGAGAGAUUGUUGUAGACUAGAUUUCACAUACAUGAAAGAUCUCCAAGUCCUAUAUCUUCGCUCCAUGCAUAUCACUACUUUACCUUCCUCCAUCGAAAACCUCAAAAACCUCCUGUCAUUAUUCUUAGACAAUUGCCUUGUGGAGGAUGUGGCAAUUCUUGGCAAGCUCAAAGCAUUGCAAUUUCUUAGCUUUGCGGGGUCUUCAAUUUCUAGGCUGCCUAAAGAAAUGGGGGAACUUAAGAAAUUGAGACUGUUGAAUCUAAGUGACUGCAAAAAGCUUCAUAUAAUUGAGCCUGAUGUCUUAAAUGGCUUAGUAAACUUGGAAGAGUUAUAUAUGAAGGGAAGCUUUGAUAGAUGGGUUGGCCCGGAUGAAAUCCCGUCGAAAUCUUGUAAUGCUGGGCCUGCCGAGUUGAGGAGCUUGACAAAGCUAACCACUUUGGAAAUAUCAGUCCUUGAUGCAACGAUAAUCGUGAAGAAUGAUUCUAUUAAAAAAAAAUAA